UGGAGUGGAAGUGGAGUAGAGGCCGGCACGAGAGCAUCAGAGGAAGCAAGCGACGUUCGUCGCAAUCGUCGCAUUCGUUCAUUUGCGAUUGGAAUACGUAUCCCAGCGUAUCCGGCAUCAUGGUUAACGUUGAGGAAAUGUUCGUUCUUGGCCUCGUGUUCGACUAUUUAAAGAAGAAAGAUGUGUCGUUGGCGACUGUCUUCCAAAAGAAGACAAAAGCGCCGGCUCUAUCAAAAGGAUGUCCGACGAUAAUAGAAGUACUUAGGUAUUUCCAAAGGAACUCGCCUAAAAAGGUCUCGAUCGUUGCGCAAAAUAAGAGUAGCAGCUCGGAUUCGAGCUCGGAAGGUGAAGAGGAAACUGAAAAAAACGUUACACAAGUUAACGGCAAAAGAUCGAUAGUAGAAACAGUACCUCUUAAAAAGGUAGCGGAAUCUUCCUCAGAGGAUUCUUCCAGCGAGGAUGAAGAAGAACAAGCUCAAAAAGCAACAAAGAAAGCAAUUACAAAUGCCAAGGCUCCUGUUGCGCAGAAAGAGGAGAGUUCUGAUGAAAGUUCUGAUGAUGAGGAAUCACCAAAAGUUCCAACAAAAGCUUCGCUAGAACCAAAAACAAAUAACCAAGCAAAAUCUGGCCCUAUUUUGAAAGCAGCAAAAGCAGUUUUAAAAGCGGUUCAAUCAUCCAGUGAUUCAUCUUCCAGCGAUUCAUCGUCUAGUAAUGUUGCCACUCUUCAACAAUUGAUAAACCCAACUACCAAACAGCCGGUGAUGCAGACAUCCACGCCAAAAGGCGCUAUUUCUAAAAUACAACCACAAAAACAGAAUAAACCGACAACAGCACAGUCGGUUACAAAACGGGAAUCGUCAUCGAGCGAAGAAAGCAGCGACGAAGAGGAAUCGACGCCGCAAAAACCAGCUUUUAGUAAACCAACAGUGCCAGCAAAACGAACUGCCAUGGAAAUGUCUUCGAGUGAGGGUAGCAGUGAGGAGCUUGCUAAGAAGAAGAAAUCUUCCUCGAGCGAAGAAGAGAGCAGCGAGGAUGAGCCUAAGACAGUUACGUCAAAGGCAGCUGUAAUUUCAAAGGCACAAAAUCAGAGUAAGCCGGCGCCAGCAAAAGCAGUUAAAAAAUCAGAAUCGUCAUCGAGCGAAGAUAGCAGCGACGAGGAGGAACCUACACCGAAAAAACCAAUUGCUAAUAAACCAACAGUAUCGAUAAAGUCUACCACCAAGAAAGAAUCUUCGAGCGAAGAUAGCAGCGAGGAAGAACAGUCUGUUAAGAAACCAGUCUUGGCAGCUGCCGCUAAGAAAGCAGCUACAACAGCUGCCCCUAAGAAAGAAGAAUCUUCCUCAAGCGAAGAAAGUAGCGAAGAUGAAUCUCCUGUCAAAAAAUCAAUUCCCGCUAAACAAAAUGCCGCUGAUAAAACUGGUUCUGUAAAGAAGAACGAUUCGUCAAGUGAGGAUUCGGAGGAAGAUUCCGAUGAAGAAGAGAAACCAACGGCAAAGACAGUAACAAAACCAGCGAUCGGUAAAACAUCGAAGAAACAGGAAUCGUCUAGCGAAGAGGAUUCGGAAGAUGAGGCACCAGCAGAGGCACCGGUCAAAGCAGCUACCAAGAAAGAAUCCUCGAGCGAAUCUGAUUCAGAUGCCAGCGACUCCGAUGAGAAACCAAAAGUUCAGACGCCGGCUAAAGGACAAAAAAGGAAACACACCGACAAAAAUGAGGAAAAACCACCAGCAAAAGUUGCAAAAAAUGACUACACCAACUUUGUGAAAGCUAAUAGUAGCUUAAAUGGAGAUAAGCUACAGAAAAAUCGUACGUAUCAACGCGUGAAAAGCGACAACAUCGAAUUGGAUCCUAAGUUGGCUAAUAAUUCCUUCGAGGCAAAGAGAGGUGCACGAGGAUCGUGGGGAGAACGCGCUAAUGAAGUGCUGAAAUUUACGAAAGGCAAGAGGUUCCGACAUGAGAAGCAAAAGAAGAAGCGUGGUUCUUACCGCGGCGGGCACAUAGAUACACAAGUUAAUUCCAUUAAAUUCGACAAUUAAACAGUUAUACUUUAUAAUUCUUUCUUACGACCAUAUUUAGAUCAGUAAAAUACUUAGUUAAGUUUAGUUAAGUACUGAUUUUACACUGUAUACAUGUAACAAAAUAUAUAAGACAGCUGUUGUCCAAUAUUUUAAAGAAAAGACUAAAUGUAACGAGUUUGGUUAAAUGUUCACUGAUGUAUAAUUGCAGAUAAAUUUAAACCGCGUGUACCGUAUAUAACUAAAAUUAAUAGAACUUACAACUAGAAUGGAAGCUAGUGAAAUAUCGAACAUAAAUUAACUUAUUUGGCGUAAUAUGUGUAUAAUAUCUCAUCGAGUUACGUGUUUACGUUUUACGUUAUAUAAUUUUGUUUGAUAUAUAGCUAUAUGUACUUUUAAUCUGUACCAUUAUGCGUUCAGCCGAAUUUGCCGUUAUUGGAGAAAAUUCACGUUAUUGGACACGCUAUUACCAAACAGUAUAUACUUUAUAAAAUGUGUUCCUUAUUUUCGCAAUUAUUGAUGUUUGCAAUUAUUUUUUCUAUGUGUAUGUCAUGAAAGUUUGUUAAUAUUGUCGAAGAUACCUCGCAAAUGCUGUAACAACACGAGGAUAUGUUUCUAAAUAUAAAUUACAUUAUAACGAGUA